UUAUAAACAGCCUCCCCGCCCCCUGCUGCUGCACGCUCCCUGGGAGCACGCAGCACCGCGAUAGAGUGCCCGCUGUGUCCUCCGGACAUAGUGGAACAUCGAUUGUCGUGAGGUCCCGAUCAUGUGUUCACUGAUUGGCCAAUCAGUGAUCACAUGCAAAGUAGUAAGCAAGAUGUCACUUGUGACAUCAUUGUUACUACGUGUGAAAUCUGUGAAUGAUCACAGAGGUCACAUGGUACAAGGCUAUUCACAACAGCCUUGUACCAUGUGACAAGCUGUGACCAAUCACAGCUCAC